AUGUCCUUUUACGGCGACGAACCGCAGACGGACGCGACGGAGACCCGUCGCAAGUACACCCAAUCAUGGGGCGAUAAGCUCGAACCGUACGCGUACGCCAAGCGGAACGAUAUUCGCGCGAUGGAUGCGGCGGAAGAGAACGUGUGGUUCUACAGGGACCGAUGCGGGACGAUCCGCGGACCAGCGCAUCUGCAAACGUUGAGACAGUGCUGGGUGGGCGGCGUCGUGGACGAGCACACGAUGAUGUGGGGGAACGGGCUGGGGGAUUGGAUUCCGGCCAGGAACAUCCGGGGGUUGAUUCCUUUGAUUCGAAACCCGCCGACAAUCUUCAUGAGUUGGAUCGUGAGGAAGUUCGUGGACACGGACGAGAAGAUUCGGGCGCUUCGGGCGCAGAGGUUCAGCGAAGGUUUGGCGAAGAGCGAUACGCUCGACGCCGAGGGCGUCUCCAAGUGGGAUAAGAAGCGCAGAGCGGAACUCAAGAGACAGGGGAAGGUGUUAGGGUCGCUCACGUCGAGAGUGAUCCCCAGGGUGACGAAGAGCGACGUGCGAGUUGACUUCAAGUAA